AUGUUCGAUGGGCUUGGUGCGGUGAUGUUCGGUAUGCCAGCGGCACGUCCGUUCGAUUUGCAGUUACGCUGCUUCUCGGCACCAUUCUACGAGCGUGCCGAUUCCAAGAAAAUCAACGAACUCAAUCAUGGCGGAAAAAUUCUGUUACCGCCAUCGGCACUCGAUUUAUUGGUUCGGCUAAACAUCGAAUAUCCGAUGAUGUUCCGAGUGUCCAGCCUGAGUGAUCCGGAACUCGCGACGCAUUGUGGUGUGCUGGAAUUUUUGGCCGAAGAAGGUCGGGCCUAUCUUCCAUCCUGGCUGCACCUCAACGAAGGUGAAUGUGUUCGUAUAACAUAUGCAUCACUUCCAAAAGCUACAUACACAAAACUGAAACCACAGUCCACCGAUUUUCUGGCAAUAUCGAAUCCAAGAGCUGUUCUGGAAGUUGAGUUGCGUAAAUUUGCUUGCCUUACAAAAGGCGACAUUAUUGCUGUUGAAUCGCUGCCAACAGGAGCGGCCGCAGAAGUGGUAGGUUCGAAAACUGGUGGUGGUUUUGCGGCUUUUUCUGGUGCUGGGCAUCGUCUGGAUGGUAAGUCAAAAGCGUCGUCAUCAUCACUGGCCGAAAUGGACACAACCGAGCGUUCUCUUCCAGCGCUAACUGUUAAUACGAAUUAUACACCGGGCAACUUAAACUUCGUGAGAUACGACUAUAAAUGUCGUGCAUUCAUGGAGAAACAUUUGGCUGAUGCAUCAAAAUCGAAAAAAACCGCUGGUACAGUACCGUUCGAAGGCGGUGGCCAUGCACUGCGUGCAACACGUCGUUGA